AUGGUUAAUUUGAGUCAAUACGAGAUAUUCAUUGAGACCUCAUUACAUAACAAACUCUGGAGAAUCAUCUCCCAUCAUAACACCAUCUCCCACUAUUAAUCCACAGUUAAAAAUGCACUCCAUCAUAAAUACCCCUAAAGAUCUUUCACCAUAACAGCAUUAUUAGAAAAUCAAAGAAUUUUUAAUAAUUCAAAUAAUCCGAAGAAUUAUUCUCAUUAAUGGAAUUAACUCUUUUUCUGCUCUUGUACUUCAUUAAACAAAGAGUACUAUCCCUGA